UCAUGAUCAAGAAAUUGAAUAAAAGGGCUAGAAAACAAAGACACAGGCGACAGUGUUGACACAUAUCAGCCAUGUGUUUCAGAUUCUCAAUUCUGUUAACUCUUCUGAUAACCUUUGCAGCCGCCGAGGAUGUUGGUUUCGUCUACAAUGGAUUCCGGUCGGCUAAUCUAAGCCACGAUGGCAUCGCGGAGUUUACUUCCAAUGGACUCCUAAAGCUCACCAACAAUACCAGGCAACAAAAAGGUCAUGCUUUCUACCCUGGUCUUAUCAACUUCAAGGAUUCAACCGGCGGUUCGGUUUUUUCCUUCUCGACCACCUUCGUCUUCGCUAUCGUCUCCCAAUAUCCAGCUCUCAGCGGCCAUGGAAUCGCUUUCGUCAUUGCGCCCACCAGAGGCCUCCCCGGAUCUCUUCCAAGCCAGUAUCUCGGACUCUUCAAUGAUUUCAACAAUGGCAAUGGAACUAAUCAUGUUUUUGCUGUCGAGCUCGAUACCAUACAAAGCACAGAGUUUGAUGAUAUCAAUGACAACCACGUUGGGAUUGAUAUCAAUGGGUUGAAGUCUGAUGAAUCAUUCCCAGCUGGUUAUUAUGACGGCAGCCGGUCGGAGUUUAAGAAUCUGACUUUGAUCAGUGGUCAACGGAUGCAAGUUUGGGUCGAGUACGAUGGUUUAAACAAGACAAUAGAUGUUACUUUAGCUCCAUUUAAGGUCCCCAAACCCAAUACUCCACUUUUAUCUUUGUCUCGUGAUCUUUCUUCAGUUGUUAACCGUGAGAUGUAUGUUGGGUUUUCAUCGUCAACUGGUUCGGUUCUAACAUCUCAUUAUGUCUUGGGUUGGAGCUUUAAGAUUAACGGUCCAGCACAAGAGCUUAACCUGUCUCAACUUCCCAAGCUUCCUCGGAUCUUACCAAAGAAAAGAUCAAAGGUUUUCACCAUUGGUUUGCCUUUGAUUUCGAUGAGUUUGACUUUGGCUCUAGUUUCUGGUUCUGUUUAUUUCAUAAGAAGGAAGAGGAAGUUUGCUGAAAUUGUUGAAGAUUGGGAGCUUGAGUAUGGUCCUCAUAGAUUCAAAUUCAAAGAUCUAUAUAUUGCUACAAAAGGAUUUAAAGACAAGGAAUUUCUGGGUGCUGGUGGAUUUGGUAGGGUUUAUAGAGGAAUUCUUCCAAGCAAUAAACUCGAGGUUGCAGUGAAAAGAGUCUCACAUGAAUCAAGGCAAGGGCUGAAGGAAUUCAUUGCGGAAAUCGUAAGCAUCGGUCGUCUCCGUCACCGGAACUUAGUUCAACUAUUGGGGUAUUGCCGGCGCAAAGAUGAACUACUUUUGGUCUAUGACUACAUGCCUAAUGGAAGCCUUGAUAAGUAUCUGUAUGACCAGCCGGACGUCACAUUAAAUUGGAAACAGAGAUUCAAAGUCAUCAAAGGUGUAGCAUCAGGAUUGUUUUAUUUACAUGGAGAAUGGGAACAAGUUGUCAUUCAUAGAGAUGUUAAGGCCAGCAAUGUUUUACUAGACGGUGAAUUAAAUGGAAGAUUGGGAGAUUUCGGGCUGGCUAGAUUAUAUGAUCACGGAACGGAUCCACAAACAACUCAUGUUGUGGGAACUCUCGGUUAUUUGGCACCGGAGCACACUCGAACCGGUAAAGCCACACCGCGCACCGAUGUGUUUGCUUUCGGGGCAUUUUUGCUCGAAGUUGCUUGCGGAAGAAGACCGAUAGAGACACAGUCUCCAACACCGGAAUAUGUAAUCUUGGUGGAUUGGGUGUAUUCAUGUUUGUUCAAAGGUGAUAUUUUGGAGGCCAAAGAUCCGAACUUGGGUUCAGAUUAUGUAGCAGAGGAAGUGGAGUUGGUUUUGAAACUCGGGUUGCUGUGCUCUCACUCGGAGCCUGAAGCGAGGCCGACGAUGCGUCAAGUUGUUCAGAUCUUACAAGGUGAUAUUCCUUUCCCGGAAAUAUCAUCACUAAGUCUCUCUUCCCAUGGAUUGACGUUCGGACAUCGAGAAGGGUUCGAUGAUUUCGCCAUGUCGUAUACAUCUUCCAUUUACAAGGGAUUCUCCCAAUCAUCUUCUGUCGCAGAUUCUCUACUUUCAGGAGGUCGAUGAUUGUAAAAACUUUCUCAUAGUUUUU